AUGUCAGUUCAGUCACAGACCCUCUCUCCUAACGAAUCGUUAGUGGGCGGUAAGGUGAUGGUGGGCUCCCCAGGCAACUUUUGGCUUUGGUCGCCUGAGGAGGGUUUUGAUCUGUCGCGCUUUCCGAAUCCUGAUUCGAAUCCUGUGCCAUCCAGUCUCCAUCUCGAAUGUCAGGUCAGCAAUGUCACUAUAGACCCCGCGAAGACCGCACUUCUUAUCAUCGAUGUCCAAAAUUUUACACUGAGUCCUGCCUUGAGAAAAGAUCUAUCUCCUGAAAUGUUCGAAGCACAGGAUGCAAUUCUCAAGUACGGUAUUCCCGCUGCUCGAAAAGCCGGGAUCCAAAUCGUGUGGUUGAAUUGGGGCCUGACGGACGAGGAUAUCAAGUCGCUGCCUCCCCAGCAGAUUCGCGUCUUCGGCUGGACAUGUAAUAUCCAGAAUGGCCGAUGCGGGAUCGAUUUUCGUGAGCGGACCACUGCGAGCGCGGCUGAAUUUGUGCAGGCCGGUGAGAGACGGAUAGUGAAUGCACCAGGGCAGGAGCUGGGGGAGGUCACAUUGGAGAAUGGGACCAAAAUUGAUGCUGGACGGGCCCUGAUCAAAGGCACAUAG